UUGUUUCUUUUUUUUACCAUAUGGUUCCAUUCAGCACUUUCAUGGACCAACCUAACAUUAUUACAAUGCUAAUGUUCACAACUAUGGCAUUGUUGCUACGGGCCCAGGCCAUGCGAAAGUGCGGGAAUUGCGGUCCGAACCCGGUUCCAUACCCAUUAAGCACGGGACCCGAUUGUGGUGACCCGUGGUACAGGAUCCGGUGCACCGCGGGUACGCUCUGGUUAGAUGCACUCGCCGGAUCAUCUUACGCGAUCAGGUCUAUUGACCCGUUCACUCGUCGGAUCAUAACCCGACCCGCCACGCUGGCUCCAAAAACGUGCGUGUCCACGGACUUCCACAGCGAAGGCAUGCACCUGAACGAGACCCUUCCUUUCAGCGUGGCUUCCGGGAACACUGUUUUUCUCUUCAACUGCACCGCCCACGCGCCUUCGAUGAACUGCUCCCCAAGCAGCGCGUGCCACAGUUAUAUUAAGGAGCACGCAGAUUUCGGUGCGUGCGGGAGCGUGGCCGUUGGCACGUGCUGCGAGUACCGGACCGGUGGGGCCCGCAAAGAGUUCGCGAUUCGCUUGCACGGCGGAGAGUGCGCGGCGUAUGAGAGUUUUGUGGAUUUCAACGGCACGGCGGCGACUGUGGGCAAGCGGUGGCCGGAGAGUGGGGUGGGGAUCGAGUGGGUGGCACCACAGGAACCGGUUUGUAAGGUACCUAUAGAUUGCAAGGAAUUGUUGAACUCGAAAUGUGGAGUGGGGCCCAGGGAUGGGGUGCAAAGGUGCUUCUGCAAUGCUGGGUUUGGGUGGGACCCCAUCAAUGGUUCGUGUCAACCACAAACUCAGACACACAACAGAACGUGCACAGGACAUGGGAAAGACAGCCACUGCAAAGUUCGAAAGAAAAAGAAGAUGCUUGUGCCUGUGGUUGUUUCCAUAGGAGGAAUAGUCUUUGUUCUAGCAAUCAUAGGAGUGAUUUUCUACAAGAAGCAUAACCAAGCAAAAGGAAAAACAAAGGAGGCUAAAAUCAGUAAGAGAAAAGAAGUCUCAAGUGUGAAAGCGAGUGCUUUAUCAUCCAGAAUCUUCACUGGCAGAGAGAUAAGAAAGGCAACGAACAAUUUCUCCCGAGAAAACCUGAUCGGAACUGGUGGAUUCGGUGAAGUGUUCAAGGGGACAUUCGAUGAUGGAACCGUCUUUGCAAUCAAGCGUGCGAAGCUCGGAAGCACCAAAGGCAUUGAUCAGAUGCAAAACGAGGUUCGAAUUCUGUGCCAAGUAAACCACAGAAGCUUGGUGAGACUCCUUGGUUGUUGCUUGGAACUUGAACACCCUUUGCUGAUAUACGAGUACGUUUCAAAUGGGACCCUUUUCGAUUACCUUCAUCGCCACUCUUGUGGCACAAGGGAACCCCUGAAACUGCACCAAAGACUCAAAAUUGCGCACCAAACAGCUGAAGGGCUUUCGUAUCUGCAUUCUUCAGCGGUGCCACCCAUUUACCACAGAGACGUGAAAUCAAGCAACAUUCUUCUUGAUGACAAGCUUGAUGCCAAGGUUUCUGACUUUGGGUUAUCAAGGCUUGUUGAGUUGGCUGAAGAAAACAAGAGCCAUAUCUUCACCAGUGCCCAAGGGACACUGGGGUACCUAGAUCCUGAGUACUAUCGUAACUUUCAGUUGACUGAUAAGAGCGAUGUUUAUAGCUUUGGAGUGGUGCUGAUGGAGUUGCUCACUGCUCAGAAAGCCAUUGAUUUCAACAGGGAAGAAGAGAGUGUGAACUUGGCCAUGUAUGGGAAGAGGAAAAUGGUUGAGGAGAAGUUGAUGGAUGUGGUUGAUCCUUUGCUUAAAGAGGGAGCUAGUGAUUUGGAAUUGGAAACUAUGAAGUCAUUGGGGUAUCUCGCAGUUUCAUGCUUGGAUGAUCAGAGGCAGAAACGGCCUUCCAUGAAAGAAGUUGCUGAUGAGAUUGAAUACCUGAUUAAAGCUGUCAAAGGUCAAGUUUCCAAACCAUGAUGAAUUUGCUAAUCUGAGGAGUGUGAAGAACACACUUUUUAUAUAUAUCCAUCUCUUUUGAUGUUAAAGUUUUUGUAGCCUUCUUAAUUUGUGUAGUUUCACUCCUUUUGCAGAUACUUCCAUGACCUCAUCAUAACUUUCUACCUUCUCCCGAUUCUGCUUCACAACUUAAUA